AUGUCGAACGAGUGUGCAGAGAGUCCAAGUUUAUGUGCUAAUGGUCACUGUCAGAACACUCCAGGCGGAUUCCUGUGUGCGUGUGAGCCUGGCUUCAUGCCUAAAGAGAAGGGCACCAGCUGCUCCGAUACCGAUGAAUGUCAGGAUGGGAGAGUGUGUCCGUCCGGUCUCUGCUAUAACACUCUGGGCUCUUUCAUGUGUUCUCCUUGUCCGGAGGGGUUUGAAGGGAGAAAUGGCCAAUGUGUUGAUAUAAAUGAGUGUUUGGAUGAAGAAGUAUGCGCUCAUGGUCAGUGCUUCAAUCGGGAGGGCUAUUUCAUUUGCACGUGUGAUGAAGGGUUCUUGCUCACUCUUGACAGCAAGGCCUGCAUAGAUAUCGACGAAUGCCAGGAUGACAGCGUGUGCAUCCAAGGUCACUGUCAGAAUACAGAGGGGUCAUUUAUCUGCAACUGUGAGCCUGGCUUUAUAUUGUCAUCCACAGGAGACCAAUGUAACGAUGUGGAUGAGUGUUUGGAGUUACCUCAGACCUGUGAUAGUGUGGGACAGUGCGUCAAUAUCUUGGGAUCUUACCAGUGCAACUGCCCACAGGGAUAUAGACAAGUCAACGGCACCAGCUGCCAUGAUGUUGAUGAGUGUGAGGAUGAGACACAAAUGUGCGUCCCCAAUGGAAAGUGUCUGACACAGAGGGUUCGUUCCUGUGCGAGUGUGAUGCCGGCUUUGUGUCCACCAGGGAUUCACCAGGCUGUGAGGAAUACAAUAGGCUCCUUCAGUUGCCAGUGCUACCCUGGAUUCAAGGACUCUCAGGAUGGGCAGGGCUGUGUGGAUGUGAACGAGUGUGAGCUGCUCAGUAAUGUGUGUGGUGAGGCCACCUGUGAGAAUCGUGAAGGCACCUUCCUGUGUUUAUGUCCUGACGAGAUGCAAGAAUUUGAUUCGAUGUCUGCCAAAUGCUUCUCUAGACCACCAGUCACACCUGUGGAGAGGAAAGAGUGUUACUUCAACUUGAAUGAUGAGAACCUGGUGUGA